CCCGAGCGAGUAAAAGUCGAACAGACACCACGCGCUCUACCGAGAACGUAGAAUGCAGAUAGUGUUGUCUCUUUCUUACGAGUACACUGUCUCAAAUGCUGGCGAACUCCGCGUACUUUACCGCAGUAAGCAACAUGGGAACGGGAAAUACAAGUGGGCGCAGUAUGUUUUAAGGUUACCACUUAUCUAUUUGAUAUCAAAUUUGUGCAAGGAAACAAGAAAAUGAUGUGCAAAACAUCUCGCAUAUCAUCCAAGAAGUUACAUUUCAAUUAGGUUAAUUAAAUUAUUCGAUUACUUACGAGUGAAAUGCACCCAAGUGAAAAAUGGACGAAGUAGUAAUACAAUCGUUUGACAACAUUACUAGAGAUUCGGAAAAAUGUUUCGUUAACGUGAAACCAGCUGACAUGGAUUCAAGUUUGCAAUGCGAUAAUGGUUCGAAAAAAGAAGAAGUCACUUCACCCACAAACGCAACAAAAGAUUCGUCAAACUACCAUGAUAACUCAUUGGUGAUGCCUGACGAUAAUUUGGAUGUACGGAAAGUACACAGUUCAAAUAAAAUGACAGAGGUAGCCAAUCAACGCCUUAAAAAUUUAUGUGGUCAUGAAUUAACCAGUCUAGAAAAUGAAGAUAUAUCAUCAACAUUUCAGCUUUCAUUAAUAAACAGCAGUGAAGAAGUGAAUUCAAGUACGGAUCUCACUCGGUUAAAGAAAUUUGAAAUGACAAAAGAAUUGACGAAUGACACUCUACUUACAAAUGACUCUGGAAAUAAUGAAGAAGAAAUUAACUUCAAUCAUACGCCUGAAAAUUCACCAAUCCAAUUACCUACUCCGAAAGCACUGCCUGAAGAUAAUUUUGAAAUAUCAUUGAACAGUAUAGAUACUCCUGGAGUUGUGCCUGAUAAAAUGAAUAUUGGACAAACAAGUGAUGUAACACUAAAUAAGGAAGAUGCAAUAUGUCAGGUUCAGGACGACAAGAAACAAGUUAUUUGCAAUUAUCAAAGCAUGCUUUCUGAUAAUGACAGAGAGCAUACUAUUUUAAAUAACAGUGAUCAGAUGGCACACACAGUAUCGUCUCAACCAACAAGUCCACAGAGUUCAGCAAUUUAUUGUCACGGUCAGUCUGUAAAAUCAUCUGUUGUUUUGGACAUAUCAAGAAAUAACCAAGUAUCAGACCUAAGUUCCACCGGUGACUUAAUUCGUAGUGACCCUACUACUGAUUUAAGUACAAUACAUAACAUUAAUAAAUCCUCUCUUGCCAACGAUGCAAAGCUAGUGAAAUUCUCAGUAUCCUCUAAAUCAAUGAACAUACUGCAGUCAAAUGCUCAAUUUUUGAACAAAAGUAGGAACUUUCUGAAUUUCAUUACAGAAAAGUCAACAAAUAUUAUGGAGAAAACUUUGUUACCUCAAAAUUUAGCUGCUAAAUAUAACAACAUACUUAGAAUGACAGAGAACAACCCCACAGAUUAUAAAAAGUAUGUAGAAGGGAGUGGAACUAGUUCAAAUUCUGUAGGAAUGGAUCUAACACCGAAUGGUGACGAUAAAACAGUGCACAACACUCAGGCUAGCUGCCAAAUUAUGUGUGAUGUAACAGAUGAGUCACAACAUAUAAACACCAGUAAUUUGUGUGACAGAGUGCAACAACAUGAAUCCACUGCGGAACAAUUUAGUAUUCAAGAUAAUUCUACGAAUGAAGAUGGAAAUUCAUUCCAUAACCAUUCCAUGAAAAAACAUGAGCCUGAUUCUACUAUUAUACCUCAAGAACAAGAAACUGAAACAUCAUUACCUUCCAAUGUACCUGCAGAUUCAACUUCCAAGAAUAGUAAACCAAGUCAUGAUCUUCAAAUGCCAAAUCGAAUUGUUGAGGAAUUGCUAAACAAUUUGGAAUUCAACAGUGCUCAAACAAAUCGAGAUACAGUCAGUUCAGUUAAUGUAACUAAUUCUCAUUUGCCUAAUAAAACAGUAGUAGCAAUGCAUGCACACAAUCUUAAUAUGCUGGAUGGGAUUGACAAUACUAAUUGCAGUAACUGUACGAGUAGCAUAGAAAUUAAUGAGCAACUGUUAAUGAAAGAGAACACAUCUGAUGAUAUAAUAUUAGUUACUCGAAAUAACAGCAAUUCUGAUACUUCACCUAGUUCACAAUCAGUGUCAAGUGAACACUUCAGUCGGGAGCACGAAAGUGUUGAGCACAAUGCUGUUGAGAGCCAGAGAGAUAAAUUGAUUGAUCUCGGGUUGCUUGACCAGCCAGUUUAUGUGACUCUUGUAAGAGAUUAUCGCACUUUAAAGGAAGAAAACAGCAAGUUGUCAGAGACUGUGCUGAAGUUGGAAAUGGAAAACCAAAGAUUCGCUGCUGAAAACAGCAGUGAAUUAUAUGUUUUGCAGCUAGAAACUCUUGAAAAAACAAUUGAAAAACUGAGAAGUGAUUUGAGGCAAGCAACUGCUAAUCAGGAAGUACUUAAAAAAGAAUAUCUUCUCGCUAAUAAAGAAAAGGAAAGCAUGGUCAUGAAAUAUGCGAUUAGCGAAAAACAGCUUAUAGAGACGCAAAGAGCAAGAGAAUAUGCAGAACGUAAAAUCAAUGAGGCUUUUAAAGAACAAGAAUUACUGCACACCAAGUUGAAACAAGUACAGGGUGAACGUACAAGAAUAUGCAACAUUCUAGAUGGAAAGUGUCACGAGCUAACAGAUGUUCAGAAAGAAGUGGAUCGAUUGAAAGAAGAAUUGAGCAUGCGAGAUGUUAAAUUGAAGUGGACACAAAAUAAAUUGAAGACUGAAUUAGAAGCUCAAAAAGAAAACCAACAGAAAUUAGAUAAAGCAAUGAUUCGGAUUAACGAAAUGAAAGAAGAAUGUGAGCAGGUACGUAAGGAAUCGCAUGAAACGAUUCGCAAAUUUCAGCAAUCUGAAGAAAACAAAGUAGUCACCUUGGACCAACAGCUCAAAGAGCAGCAAGCGCGUUUAAUUCUAGAACGCCACGUUACUGAAGACAAAGAAAUGUCCAGACUUCAGCUACAAAAAGAGGUGGAAACAUUGAAACAAAGGCAACUUGUAUUGAUCGAAGAAAAUAAUACACUCAGUUUAAAAGUUCAAAACCUAGAGAAAGAAAGAUUAAACUAUGAAAAUAACUUAAGCAAUUUAAAAGUAAUUGCUGACCAAAGACAGAAAGAAAUUGUUGAUUUAGUUGGGAAAGUAUCUCAACUUGAAACUUUGAAAUUGCAACUGACACACAAAGAGCAGUUGUUGUCAUCAAAUGAUGCAGAAGUCGAAAGACUACGUCAAUCAAACACGGAGUUACAGGCUGACAUGGAAUGGUGUCGUGAGCGUGAAGCACAUAUGUUGGAUUUUACCCAAAAGCUGACAGAUAAAAAUGUUCGUCUACAAUCUGAGUUUACUGCAAUUGAAGCUAAGAAUGAACAGUUGGAAUUGGAACAAGGUCCCUUGCAUGAUCAAAUCAAAGAACUCUCUGCUAAAGUGAAAUUACUAGAAGUCAGUUUGUCGUCAGAAAAGAGUAAGAGAACAGAAGAAUGUGAACUCUUGGCUAGACACGUGGCUGAACAAACACAACUCGCUCGGAAUUUAGCCCAAAAAUUAGAAGAUAGUCAAGGAGAAAACGCAGUCCUUCGAAGAAAACAACAAAUUUCUGUUAAAGAAAUGACAAAAGAAUUACAGAUGUGCAAAAAAAGAUUAGAUGCAUAUGAAAGUGGCUCACCGAGUAACUCUCUAGACCAAAUCUCCCGAACUGGUUCUAAUUCAUCGUUGAGCACGGGUGAAACACUUAAUGGUGCUGUAUCCGAUAAUAGUAAUAGUGGAGAUCAUACAUUACAGUCUACCGAACCAGACAGACAAACUUUGAUAGAUAGAAUAGUAAAAUUACAAAAAAUUCGUGUUAAACAGGCCGAGAAGUUGGAUUUCUUGGAAGAACAUACCAGAACAUUACUUAACGAAUUGCAGAAGAAAUCAAAAAUUAUAAAAAAUUAUAUUCUGCAUGAAAAUCCGGAUGCAAUGGGUAGUAAUGAACGUGAUAGAAAUAAGCAUAUCAAAGGCAGACGCAAUGCUGCUGAGCUAGCUAGACAUGGUGGUAUUAUGGCAUCGGUAUAUAAUCAACGAGUUUCUGAUGAUAAUAUGACACUGGAGCUGUCUUUAGAAAUAAAUCAGAAAUUGCAAGCUGUACUGGAAGAUACAUUACUUAAGAAUAUUACUUUGAAGGACAGCAUUGACACAUUGGGUGGAGAAAUUGCACGGCUUACCAUACAGAACAAGCCAAGACAGUGAAAUUUGAAAAAUCGUAUUUGUCCUCGGAAUGACAGUGAACAAAACUCUGAAGUGAAAAUCUUAGCAAUGCUGCUAACCCCAAAUGACCGUAUUCUGGUGCUAAAAAUUUUCUGGAUAAAACCAGAACCAUAGAUUUCGAAAAGUGAUUCAGCGGUUGCCCUACUCUAAAAUGGCAAUUCACUAAUUGCCAUAAAGUAAUUUUACAGCGUGGUCAAAGUACUACAUCUAGUCACGAUUCUCGUUAUUUAUGGCGGAGUAUAAAUAUUUCACACUUAACCAGUAUUGUGUUACCAUGCAGGGGCGGCAGAAUGUAUAUUUCUGAGGUGCAGAGCUGAGUGUAGGUGUGUGGGUUAAUUUGGACUAGCAUAAAAUAACACUGUUAAACUUUUCAGUCUGUCCUAUACAAAGUACACUUUUAUUUCACUUUGAUAAACCGAAAUUUGCUUUUCUGCAGUUGUUAAGGUUGAUGAAUUCGUUUAUCAGAAGAUCAAGAUCUAAUUCUUCAGGUCUAUCUUAGUGAAUAUAGAUUAUAGAUACAUCGUCCAAGUGAUCUUGCAGCAUCGUUGAUAUUCAAGUAAUUGAAACAAAAGUGAAUUUUUUGAAACUACAGAUAUCUGCGGUAUGGAAUUCCACACCUACUAAAUUUUAAGUGCUCCACACCUACCAUAGUGGCUAAGCCGCCCCUGUUAACAUGAAAAUGAAAGGUUGCUGGAGUCAACCGUGAUGCAUAUAAUUUUUAAUAACUGUUGAGAUUUUUCGAAAUACCCUAUCAGACUCAAUGCAAUAUGAUUUGGAGAAAAAUAAUUAAGUGUCGUAUUAGAACUUUCAGAAUCAGGAGUACCGAUUUAUUUUAGAUGCCUUUAUUUGUAUAAAUUUUGUUUUGUUAUAUUAAUUUUAUUUAUUAGUUUUAUACUCAAAUUUUGUUUUUCUAUAUAUAACUAGUAAUGAAUUAAUAAUUGAUGCCCAUAAUAUUUUUUGAUCAGGGUAUAAAUUUGUUAACCUCUUACAUUCCAAAAUUUACAGUUACAGAAAUAUACGUAUGCUGUCACAUUGCAGUAACUUACACGAUAACUCAAAUUACGUAAUUGAAAUUGAGCUUAUAAAAUAUGUAUAUUGCGCUGUACUUAGGUAAAAUAAAUAUAUAUGUACAUACAUAUUGAAGUAUGUGUGAUAGCUACAAAAUUGUAGACAGUGGUGUAAAUCCUUUGUAAGGACGAAAACGAAUACUGCAAGAUCGAUGAAAGUGUCCGGUAGUUAAUUUCAGAACGGAAUAAAAUUAAAAAUUUUACUGCUUACAUAUAUUUUAUCGAACAUGUUAUAAUUGUUACUGGUUGUAAUAUCCUUGCAAAUAAUGCACCGACCUGGGAUACUGCUUAACAAACUUAAAAAAGAUGUACUAUGCAUACGUAUGUGUAUAUUGAAAAAAGUAAUACGUGAAUGAAGUAUUUUCAAAAAUGUA